AUAAGUGUAUCAGAACUGAUUGCUCCUCAUGACUGCUUUAUGAAUCAAUUUAACAACCAUUUCCAUUUUCCCACAGGAACAACGAUGGUUGGAAUGGGUAUAUGUAGGAUACGCAUAUAAACAGUAUUAUUACAAGGGGCCUUGCGAAGCGGUGGAACGCUAUAUAGAAUUCGCGAAGAGUGUCGAUGACAAGAAAAAGGCUGCCAUGAAAGCAGGAACAGAGGAAUUUAUCGAACUUCCAAUAACCAAGAACAGAGUUUCUGUAAUGCGUCCCACAAUCUAUCCAGUGCAGAACAAGGAACAAAGUUUCAACAAUAUCAGCUACAAUCUUAGUGGGGGAAAGAGCAGAAUUCCUGUGAAGUCAGCCACAACCGUUCUGCAGUCCAAGGUGAAGAGUUUCGCCAAUAUCAGGAACAACACUAGUGGGGGAAAGAGCAGGAUGCCUGUGGAGUCAGCCCCAACCGUGGUGCAGUCCAAGGUGAAAAGUUUCAUCAAUAUCAGCCACAAACCUAGUGGGGGAAAAGUGAAGAUAGUAAACCGGAAGCUGGACUACAGUAAUGUGAAGGCCAAGGUCAACACAGGGAGGAUAAGGCCAUAAGGGGGUGACUGGAGCGGUGACAUGUAACACGGUCCAAAUACAAGCGAGGAAUGUGCAACAGACAUCAGACAUGAAAAACUAAAUAUUAACCAUACUUGGCAGCAAAUAAGAGCAGACAGAAUUGCCCCAGUGUGCAAAUAUAAAUUACAAAUCUUCGAAGAGAACUUGGAUUUCAUGGACUAGAAAGUGACGAUUGUCACAUUCGGAAAACUGACAGAUGAAAAUCUCCUCCUUUUUCGAUCAAGAAACAAAAUUUGACAAGGCCUACAAUGAUGCCGAAGAAAGAGAUAACUUGCAACUGAAGGAGGUCACUGUCAUAGAAUUUGAAGCUAUCAUUCGAGCUGUACAAAUCGUGAAGCAAUCGCAAUGCUUAAACCUACCUCGAUGGAAGCAUACAAAUUCGCUGAGGUCACUCUCAUAGAAUUUGAAGCUAUCUUUCGAGCUGUACAAGUCGUGAAGCAAUCACGAAUGCUGAAACCUACCUCGAUGGAAGCAUACAAAUUCACGGAGGUCACUCUCAUAGAAUUUGAAGCUAUCUAUCGAGCCGUGCAAGUCGUGAAGCAAUCACGAAUGCUGAAACCUACCUCGAUCGAAGCAUACAAAUUCACUGAGGUCACUCUCAUAGAAUUCGAAGCUUUCUUUCGAGCUGUACAAGUCAUUAAGCAAUCAAGAAUGCUAAAACGUACCUCGAUCGAAGCAUACAAAUUCGCUGAGUUGUUUCGAUUGCACAAUGGGACACUGCUAGUUGCUGUAGUAGUAGGGAAUAUUUUCGAUUGCAUAUCUGAUGCCUGUUGCAAGUUCC